GAUGGAACUUGACUUCAGUUCAAUCCAAUACCGGGCAAGAUGUGGUCCCUGAGUGUGGUGUGCCUAGUGUUACCUAUAUUUCUUGUGGUUAGCAAUGUAGCUGCUAUCCCAAUCCUCCCCUUCAACGAAACGCGGGCAGAUGAUGUUGGAUAUCGUUUGCCAAAUAACACGCGUCCGGUUACAUAUGAUAUCCGUUUGACCACGAAUAUCCACAGGGAGGAUUUGGCAUUCACCGGAGUUGCUAUUAUAGAUUUAGAGAUACUCCAGAGUACUUCUUCGAUCUAUCUGCAUGCUCGGCAAAUCAAAGUUACUUCGGCAACUAUAUGGCUGGCUUGGGCAGAAUCCUAUACAUAUCCGGUUACCUUGACCUACGAUGAAGUGACUGAAUUUCUUGUAGCAGAAGUUCCAGCAGUUUUACUUCCGGGUGGCGUAUACCGGUUAACUCUCAAUUAUGAAGGCACUCUUCGCACUGACGGUGGCGGAUUCUAUCGCCAAUUCUACAAGAACUCUCUCGGCGAAAAUGUUUAUCUUGCCACAACACAAUUUGAAUCAACCAACGCCAGACACGCUUUCCCUUGCUACGAUGAACCGCAAAAGAAAGCCAUUUUUAAAAUCUCAAUUACGCACGGAAGUACUUAUAACGCCGUAUCGAAUAUGCCAGUGAUGAAAUUAACCGAAAACAAUGAUGGAACCACCACAACAUCGUUCGAACCUACCACCUUAAUGUCAACCUACUUGGUUGCAUUCACCGUAUCAGACUACACAUACUCACGACAAAUGGAUCGCGUUGAACAUAGGGUCUACUCUAAGCCAAAUUACGAGAAGCAGCAUCAAUUCGCCCUACAGACCAGCAUAGCUGUUCUGAACAGUUUGGAGGAUUACUUGGGUUUCGCAUAUCCCUUGACAAAGAUGGAUAACGUCGCGAUUCCUUCUAAGGGAGGUGCUAUGGAAAAUUGGGGUAUGGUCACAUAUGGCGAGCAAUAUUUGUUGUAUGAUGAAGAAGAAACCACAGCAGCAGCUAAAACUACAAUAGCAACAAUCAUCGCACACGAGUUCGCUCACCAAUGGUUUGGUGAUUUGAUCACCCCAAAAUGGUGGACAUACACUUGGCUGAAUGAAGGAUUUGCAUCACUUUUUGAAUAUGUAACCACAGACGAGGUUUACCCCGAAUGGGAUCUUAUGCAAGCAUUUGUAGCUGAAUACCUAAGAAGUUCCUUGAUAAAUGAUGCACAAUCCAACCCACGCCCUAUGUCUGCCUACGCUGAAUCUCCCGCUGGUAUUGCAGGACUUUUCAACUACGUGUCUUAUGGAAAAGCUGGAAGUGUUCUUCGUAUGUUCCAACAUGCAUUUACUGAACCCACCUUCCAGAAGGCUCUGUCAGCAUACCAAAAGCAAAUGAGAUACCAAUCAGCCACAGAGGAUGAUUUAUUCCAAUGUUUCAAAGAUGCAACCUACGAAGAUGGUAUUUUCAAUAACAAUGCUGUCGCCCUUGAUAUACUGCUGAAAACUUGGACUAACCAGGGAGGUUACCCUCUGAUCACAGUAACCCGUGAUUACAGUAAAGGGACAUUCACAAUCCAACAGCGACCAUUCGAUGGUACAAGCUCGGUUGGAUCAACAGACAAGCGUACGUGGUGGGUUCCAUACAACUUUGCCACUGGAAGUAAUCCUGACUUCAGUUCAACCAACAUGGCCGGAUAUCUCUCCCCUAACGAACAGUCGGCCGUCGUAGAGCAGACAGCACAAAAGUGGACAAAUGACGACUGGAUUGUAUUGAAUAAGCAAGCAACGAGCUUCUAUAGAGUUAACUAUGACGCACAGAACUGGGCUCUUUUAGCAAAUGGCCUACAGGCUGACCAUAAGAAAAUCCACAAGCAUAAUCGGGCUCAACUGAUAGAGGACGCAUACCGGCUCAUCUUGGCAGAAAUCCUAGAAUAUGACGUUUUAUUCGAGCUUAUGUCAUAUUUGAAGAGCGAGGAAGAUUACGCUCCUUGGGCGAAUGCCAAUUCAAUCUUCACUACCUUGGAUUCCUAUUUGGCUGGUGACAAGGAAUACCGAGCCUACCGUUUCUUCGUUAAGAGAAUGGCCCAAAAUUACUUCAAAACUAUCGGAGUCGAUGAGAAGAGCAGUGACGCACAUUUAACAAGACGUAUUCGAGGAGCUAUUAUCAACUUGGCCUGCCGCGGAAAUAACGCCGAAUGUCUGGAAGCAUCCAACAAGAAACUCAUCCAAUUCGCUCAAUAUGGAAACAAAAUUGAGGCAAACCUGCGUGCUACAAUUACAUGUACCGGAAUGAUCAAUGGCACUGAAUUUGACAUGAAUUUGAUGAUCCAGUCAUUGAAGACAACUGAAGUUCAAGCUCUCCGUAAUAACAUCUUGCAAGGUUUAGGGUGCAUGCGUAAAGUCUCCUUACUUAAAACGUACCUGAAAAGCAUAUUUGAUCCUGCGUCGCCAUUAAGCAAUUCAGAGAAGUUGAAUAUUCUGGGUUAUGUAGUGGAUAAGAGCGUUAAGGGAGUCGAAGCUGCCAUCGAAUUUUUGUCAGAAAAUUACCAAGAAUACUCCAAGCUUUCAACUACAAGCGACACUGUCCUUUUAGGUGUCAGAAGCAUCGCCUUACGUAUUUACACUGACGAACGGUCAGCCCUCUUCGAAACUCUCUUGGAGAAGUUGAAGGCAGCAGGCAGCCUGGAUGAUACACAACUGCCAUCAAUAAGGACUAUGGUCACAAAUAACUUGGCCUGGACUGAAAACAACAGGCAUCCUAUUAUGAGUUGGAUGAACAAGUUCUACGCAGACAAUGAUGGAGAGAAGGAGGAGGAGGAGGAAGAGGAAGAAGGAGGUGGUAAUGGCGGUGGAGGUGGCGAUGGAGCAGGUUCAAUUAUUGUUUCCACGGGCGUUUUAGCAUUCGUCGCUGUGUCCGUAUUGCGGACUGUUCUGUAGGGAAACAUAGGCAACUAAAACACUGAAGUAAAGUUAUGGUUUUUGAACAGUGUUUGGAAUGAUUUAAAUUAAUUUUGUUCAAUUGUUAAAUUUGUUGUAAGAAUUAGCUUAACUAACAAUUACAAACAGUAAUGUUACUA